AUGUCUAGCGAUUUCGCUAUCUAUAUUCGAGACAAGCUUUUCGACAGCAAAACAUCUGUCGACCAUAAAAUCUUACAUAGUGUAAACAAGAAAGGUGAAUUUGUUCUAAAGUUCUGUUUCUGGGAAUAUGACAAGAACCAUAAAACAUUAAGCAGAGCAGUCUUAAAAUUUGUCAAUGACAGACUUGUUGACAGAGAUGACGCCGAUUGGAAAGAUGAAGUCCAACAAAAGUUCUUAGAAUGCAAAGAAGACACAUGCGCUGUUCUUGAAGAUGAAAUAGAAAACAGAAUAGAAGAGCUAUUAAAGGACAAAGAA